CUUCUCGCGAGUGUUUCGAGGACAGCUUAGUGGAGGUGGAACCGAGCAAGAGGCUGCUGCUGCUGCUGUGUCGGGACCAGCAGUCUGUGAUCACCAAGGUCAAGAACGCGAAGAGGGAGAAGUACAACAAGAACCUGUUGUUGGAGUACAACAAGGACCUGUGGUUGCAUCGGCUACUAGCCUCUCCGAUAAUGCUGCUACAACACGAGUUGAUGUUGAGCAGUCAUAUUCUGCACUAGUAGGUUCAGCAAGUAGUGUCGAGCCGACCUCUCCAAAUGGGGCAGAGGACCGCGAAGCUACAGCCCAAGCCCAAGUCUCUUCCUCCAGCGAGACGGAAGGGGAGGAC